AUGUUUGGAUCUGGAUUUAUUAGUCCUUCUCUAUUUAAAAGAGAGGAGCAUAUCCAAGUUGCUCGAAGAGAGUCUCAGCGUAACCUUCGAGAUUUACGUAGAGACCGAGAGGAUUUGGAACGACGAGAGCGACAGCAGAUGGCUCAACUCAAGUCGCUUGUGAAAAAAGGUGAUUUUCCAAAAGCUAAUCUACUAGCUCGACAGAUUGCUCUGUAUCGAAAUCUUGCAGAUAAAAAUUUUGAGCGGGGAAUAUCAAUCCAAACUGAAGUUCAGGGACUUCGACAUGGAAACUCGGGAAAUACAAUAGAAAUAGUUCGGCAGCGUGAGCAAAAAUAUGAGUCGAGAAUGGAAGAGUACGAAACAAUAGAGAGUAUCAUGAAUGAAGGAUUUGAUGAUAUUUAUGAACAUGUUACUCUUCGCAAAGAUCAGCCAAACCGUUUUGACGAUCAAGUCGAAGGCGUGUUUCGAGAAGCUUUGGAUCCUAAAACCAAAAUGUGUAGAGACCAUGCUAUACAAAACACCCCAAACGGCAAGAUUUUAAAUGGACGAGUGUUUUUGCACGUCAAGAACUUUAAUCAGUUCAUGACACAAAGCAUAUCUACUGCUACAGUGUUUCUUCCAUCCUUGACUAUUUCAGGAGAUAUUUUAAAGCAGUGUAUUAUGCAGGAUAGAAAGGCUCUAAGAGCCUUACAUCUUUUUGAAGCAACCGAGCAUGGCGAAGUUAUCUGCGACUUUCAAGUUGGGGAGUUGGUUAAAUUCUUUGGAGAUUUCUCCAACAGACAAAGUAUGGAUGUCAAUGACGAAGAUCAGGAACCCAUCGCAACAACUUCACAUAAUACUUCGUAUAAAUUUGUAUCGCUUGAUCUUACUCAAACUCUCGAAAGUCUAGGAUUGGUCAAUGCUGGUAUAAUAUGGGUGUAUUCUCCAACUAAAUAA